AUGCCGCUUAAUGUUGGUAAAGAAAAUGGUCAGACCUUCAUCGGUACCAUGAAUAAGUCGGGCAGUCACUGGGUUCUUGUGGUUGUCGAGAUUCGACCAUUCAAACGAAUGCUUUAUUGUGACACGUUAGCCUGGAAACCCCCAUCAGAUAUUAUCGAUGUGGUCAACAGUUAUAUCAGCCACAUUCCUCGUAUUGAAAAGUAUGAUGAUACGCAUCUCUUCUUGGCUCACCACUCCAUGGCUACGUCUCGGUUCGGCCAUAUGUGUGACUGGAGAUGCCGCAACUAUCCACUACAGACAUGUUCUGACGUAUGUGGAGUCAUUGUUCUAAUAAUCGCAGCGCUGGCGGCUUUAGACCGACCCCUAUUUCAGUUCUUGAUUGGUCCCAGCGAGAAAAGUCAAGUCUAUCUACAACGCCCAAGCCAACAUGCCUAUUUUUUAAGGAGAAUCAUAAUGUGUUGGUUUGCCGAAAGUCGCAUUGAAAUCAAUUAUGUGCUUCUGCAUCAUGAUUGGCGCGAUAACGUCCGUACAGAGUCUGACCACUCCUCUUGCCUACGUCAAGACACGUCAAGUAGCACAAGGAAAAAGCUCAAGCUAUCCCUAAAUCCUAAAGCGUCGUCCUCCAAUGAAUCAAUUCCUAGAGCAACAGAGGAACAUGCAUCAGCUAAAGAAUGCUCCUCUCCUUCUCCUGCUGAAAACUUUCCAAUUAAUACUGCUCUGGUCUCCAAUGGUUCCUCUUCAAUUCCCAACUCUCCAAUGUCUUCGGAAGAAACAUUCUCGCCACCACGAAAGACGCUUUCCUCGCCUAACGAUUCACGUGCGGUUCCCUCGUGUAAAAAAGGGUCCCAGUCAUCUUCUGGGAAACCUCGAAAUGUCCCAAGGUCCUCAGCUGACCACUUAUCGAGUGCGAAAAAGCCUCAGCCUUUUACGCGCCCAGAUCCAACUAGUCCUGCACAGAACAAUAAUCCACAAGCUUGUCCACAAGAUAACCCUUCUGAGAAGAGCGUCUCUAAUUCCCAGCCAUCUCCCGGUACCGGGCCUCCGGCUCCGGCUCCAGCUUCAACGCAACCAACUUCUCAAGCGACAAUUGCGUCUGAUUCCUCUAACGCUGAUUCAGCUGAUUCAUUACCUCCUCCCAAAUGUGAAGGUAUGACCAGAUUCCAGUGCGAACAUUGCGGAAUGAACUUAAGCAGUAGAAACUGCUUAUAUAAACAUAAAAAAGAAAACACAAGCCGACCAACAGAGUUGAUGACAAUGGAGGAAAAGACGCAGGAAAUAAACAUGUCGUUUGUCCAGAGUGCAAAGAAAAACAAAAAAGGUGAGAUAAACCAUCUCAUUCCAUCUUUCGGGACUAAUAUUAAAAAAAGUCAUGAUAAAACGUCAAAAUAGCAUUAUCGCCUUCAGGGAGACUUAAAAUGCAAGGCUAAGUUAUAAUUAAGCACGGUGAAUAGUUUAUGACCAACGUAACAGUCCAAAUCGAUUGGCAUAAGAAAAAAAAAAUUGCCAAAGUAAGCACUGCUUUGCACCACUUGUUAUAACUUUGGUAAUGAGAGUAAAAGCCUUUAAAGUCGUCCUUCAUAACUCAAGCUGAAUAGCUGUUGCAACGAUGGCACUACCAACAACUUUUGUUUUAUUUUUUCUUUUACGUUCGAAGGUUUGUCUAUUCAAGCUUUGGUACUUUUCUCUACUCUAUUAUCCAGUGCAACAAAGACAAAAUGCUUGCAACCGUAGACGAAGUUACAAACAAUAUGAAUAAUUAAUACCAUUAUAGGUUAUAUAUGUAUUCUAGUCCAUUGUAGGCCCUUAUGUUUUCAGCUAUUUUAGUAACUGUUAUGUUCCCCAUAACUUGUGGUUACGAGUUCCGAUGAUUUUAUUUUCCUUGUCUCUCCAGAUCAGCUCUUGCUACAACCGGCGAUUUAAUACACCACCUUAAUAACGGUCACGACUUGAAGAUCGAAAGCAUGACGUUCAAAGACAUGACAGAAUUCGAGAAAUGGAAGAAUGAAGAAGAAAGGAUGACAAAGAGUUGGUAUGUGAAACACCGUGCUGACAGAAAGACCAAGCACUUCACAAAAUCAUGCUUGCGAUGCAAUAGAACUGGCACGUUUGUCUCCAAAAGCACGGGAAAGAGAGCAAUGAAAUCACAAGGAUCUUGCAAGACUGGAUGCUCAUGCCCUGCCUUUAUCACAACAAGAAGGUAUCAUGCAACAGGAGAGGUGCAAGCAGAGUUCUGUUUGAAAUACGUUGGGCACAGACAGGAGAACGCCUUCAACAGAAUGUCGAAGGAAAUGCGCACCACCAUUGCAGCUAAGCUUUCUCAAGGUAUAAGC